CAAAGAGGAGAAAAGGAACGAGGACGUGGUGGGGGAAAAUAUUCUAAAAGCCAAAAGAGUUGGUCAGAAAAGCAAAGCAUCCGACGCAUCUACGUGCUUGCUGAAAGAACGAUGGCGUCCACCGAGGAGCAAGUUUGUCGCGCAAGAGAGGAGCGCGAGCUGCGACGACGACAACAACUGCAAGCCGCUCACAAGGUGCUGCACAACCAAGACGUCCAGCAGCUGAUUGGUCACCUGGAAGAACUUCCCCCUCAGCUGCAUGUGGGAAGCUCCAGUUUGGAGCAAGAUCAUCUACAGCACCCCCACGUUAAAGAGGAAGAAGAAGACACUGACGUCAGCAAGUUGCCACUGACUGUCAUCGCCGUGAAGACCGACGACAGCGAAGACGAACCACCCGAGUCAGUACAGCUUCAUCAUCGCAGUCAAAGUGAAGACCCCUGGGGAAGACCACCACCUGACAAACUCUUAGCACCGCUGUCAGACACGGACGACGCAGAAGAUAUGAACGACGCAGACUGUGAAGGUGACAACAAACCAUUGAAAUGCUUCAAAAAGAAGACAGGUGGCAGCUGCUCAAUUUGUGGUAAAGCAUUUGCCCAAAACGGACCUAUGAUAAGACACAUGAGAACACACACGGGAGAAAAACCCUUUACUUGCUCAGUUUGUGGGAAAGGAUUUACUAACAAGUCCGAUAUGGUUCGACACAUGAGAACACACACAGGAGAAAAACCUUUCAAUUGCUCACUGUGUGAGAAAAGGUUCACUCACAAGGAAAGUUUAGUAGCACACAUGAGAACACACACAGGAGAAAAACCCUUCAUUUGCUCAGUGUGUGGUAAAACAUUCACUCAAAAUUCAAGCAUGGUAGCACACAUGAGAAUACACACAGGAGAAAAACCUUAUAGUUGUUCAGUGUGUGGUAAAAGAUUCAUUCUCAAGCCAAACAUGGUUUCACACAUGAGAACACACUCGGGAGAAAAACCUUACAGUUGCUCGGUGUGUGAUAAAACAUUCUCUUUUAAGUCAUGUGUGGUAACGCACAUGAGAACGCACACAGGGGAAAAACCUUUUCGUUGCUCCUUGUGUGGUGAAAGAUAUGCUCAGAGGGCCAAUUUGACAGCACACAAGCGGAUACACAACACAGAGUAAACACUUCAAACAGGGUUCCUACGCAAGUAAUUUGAUUUCAUAAACCUUUGGGUCCGGCGCGGUGCCCGACUGGUUAGCACAUCUGCCUCACAGUUCUGAGGACCAAGGUUCAAAUCUGGGCUCACCUGUGUGGAGUUUGAAUGUUAUCUCCGUGCCCGCGUGGGUUUUCUCUGGGUACUCCUUCCUCCCACAUUAAAAAGAAACAUGCAUGGUGGGUUAAUUGAAGACUAAGUUUCCCUUAGGUGUGAAUGUGAGUGUGAAUGGUUGUUUGUUCAUAUGUGCCCUGCGAUUGACUGGCGACCAGUUGAGGGUGUACCCUGCCUCUUGCCCAGAGUAAACUGAGAUUGGCGCCAGCACACCUGCGACCCUCAUGAGGAUAAGCGGUACGGAAAAUGGGCGGAUGGAUAAAACUUUCAGGUCUGGAAAAGUAUGCAAAAUGGAAACUAUUGUAUGGAAAAAAAUAUUCACGUUUCCAAGACUGUUACAACAGCUCUAUUUUCUAAAAUGGAAAAAAUAAUAUGACUUUAAAAUAAAUUGUACAUCGAUUUUUUUUUUUUUUUUUUUUUUUAAAAAGGCACCUGGAAGCGCAGCUACAAUAUUUGUGUGAGAGCACACAGUAUUAUAACAUGGUCUUGGUGAAUAGUCGAUUCUGAUCGGCAUUAUCGGUUGAUAAUGUACACCCUUUGAAGUAGUUCUUGUCAAAACAUACAAUGUUCCAAAUUCAUGCGAAGCACACUUAGCCAUUUAUACAAGCAAACAUAGGAACCUGAUACAGUCAGAUUUUCUGAUAAGUGAACGUGAAGUAGCCACUUUGGGGACAGAAAUGAGCGAAUUUAAAACAGUCAUGAGUGAUUUAAUGAUUUACUUUAUUUGUUGAUUACCAACCCCUUGAUGAGUGUAAUGCUGCUGAGGAACUGGGGGGGAAAUGAAGAGACAGAAGCGGCAUAAAUAGUUAACUCCGUAAGAUUGAAAUCAACUCUCAGACGAGAGGGAUGAAAUCAAUGUGAAGAAAAUAAGAAAAUAGGGGAUCAAAAUACUGAGAUUAAAAUACAAGUAUAACGAAUAUACAGUAUGUGUAAAAAUAAAAGCUGAUUUUGUUAUCAUCCCUCUGGUUGUCGUUUAACAUUGUCAAACUAGAAUAUCUGGAGUACUGGUUUGGGUUUACGUUCCCUUAGAAAGUUAUGGGAUUAGAAUGACGUCAUAGUCACGUCCUCAGGUGUUGCAAGGGAAAAUAAAUUGUUUUAGUAUUUUCUAUUUUGACUACAAAUGAAUUGGUUGUUUCAUCAAUUAUUUUCGUUGGCAAGUGGUAUAAACGGGUUAAUGCCCUUCGAGGUGUCCAAUUAUCGGGGAUUAAUGGAGUAUUUGGCGACAUAAUGUCAUAAAAAGAAUUAGAAUGAUACGCAUCUAUUUAUUCAAAUGUCACAUUAUUAGAUUUUUUUUCUAUACAGAGAAGUCCGAAAAAAGUAUGGAAUUUUGAAAUCUCAAAUGUGUAGGAACCCUGCUUAAAGUAAUGCUCUCCUCCUAGAUUACACCAUGUCUUGGUUUGAUUGAUUUGUGCCCGAAGACGUGUAAAUGUACUGUGCAGUACUCUACAAUUCAUUUUUGUCAUCUUCAUCUUACCGCAGAGCUUAUUUGUCAUUGUCAUCUUCACUGGUCAUGAUUUACUUGUGUUUGUGUUGUGUUUAGGGCUUCACUUCGUAAGUGUUGAGCUGCUGUCUGUGUGUGUAAAAGUGUCAUUGUUCAAAUACUUUCAGAUCUUCAUAUUUGAAUGGCAGUUGGCAACUAGCGUUCGCAUGUGGCUCACUAGAUGGCUAAAACUAAGCCCCAAGAAGAUUCUCAAUAUUAAAAGAUGUACAUUUUCUCUUCAAGGUCACGUGCCAUCAAAUUUGUAUUUUACAUUUUUUAUAACCUUUUUAAUCAGAUUAAUCAGCAGGCCAAUCUAAUUGGUUGAUAUUAGCCCUUUUUUCCAGCAUUAAAUUGGACGAUUUUUAUUUAUUUGUUUGCUUUUUUUUGCUUGAUUUUUUACACAUUAACACAUUACAAUAUCAAUUUUAUUUAAAAGGAAAAAUAUCUGCAUUUUUUUGGCUAGGGGGAAUAUUACUUAUACGUCUUACGUUGUAAUGUGUUAAUAUGUGAUUUUUCUCUCCGAUGUAAAGUUAAAUACUAAAGGAUUUUUUUCGAAAACCAAAUGCCAAAUAUUCUGCCUGUAAUCCAUAUCUGUGUUGUUUCAAUAAUUAAGGGACACAAAAAGAAGUUAUUUUAUCUUUAUAUAUUUUUUUAAAUCAAUCAACCAAUUAAUAGGUUUUUGCAAUUUUAUUCUGCAAAAUAUCAGAAUCGCCAUCGGCCUCGAAAAAAUCCAUAUUGGUCGGACCCUAUUCCUGUUAUCAGGUUUGAAAGAUAAUUUGGGUUUGAAAUGGCCAGGAUGAUUGAGGCAACUGGUUAGCACAUCCGCCUCAUAGUUCUGAGGACCUGGGUUCAAAUUCAGCCUCACCUGUGUGUAGUUUGCAUGUUCUCCCUGUGCC